AAGAGAACUACGGUAGUCCGCGGAAGUCUCGCGAGGCUUGUCCUCCGCAGCUGCGGGUCGCGGAGGCUCUGGACCGGCCCGGAAUGGGGCCGAGGCGCGCGGGCUGCGGGUGCGAGCCGCUGCUGUCUGUGCAGCGCUGUGCGUCUUCUCGCUGAGCAGGCGCAGCGAGGGCGCGGAGACUGCCCCUGGACGCCGGGAUCUCGCGGGUCCUUGUCGCCGCUGACGGCUGAGAGGGACUGAAGCCGAGGGAGUGGAAUAACACGCGUGGGCGAGUCCCCGAGCCCGGCUCCCUCUCUCCGUGCUCCCGCUGAGCCCCUGUCGGGAACCGAGAAAUGAGCUGCACAAUUGAGAAGGCCCUUGCUGAUGCCAAAGCCCUUGUCGAAAGGUUGCGAGACCAUGACGAUGCAGCAGAGUCUCUCAUCGAGCAGACCACAGCCCUCAGCAAGCGAGUGGAAGCGAUGAAGCAGUAUCAGGAAGAAAUCCAAGAACUUAAUGAAGUUGCAAGACAUCGGCCAAGGUCCACACUAGUUAUGGGAAUCCAGCAAGAAAACAGACAGAUCAGAGAAUUGCAGCAAGAGAACAAAGAACUGCGAACAUCCUUGGAAGAACACCAGUCUGCCUUGGAACUGAUAAUGAGCAAGUAUCGAGAGCAAAUGUUCCGGUUGCUAAUGGCUAGCAAGAGAGAUGACCCGGGUAUAAUAAUGAAGUUAAAAGAGCAACACUCAAAGAUUGACAUGGUACAUCGUAACAGCUGCGAAGGAUUCUUCUUUGAUGCAUCUCGGCACAUCCUUGAAGCACCUCAGCAUGGACUGGAGAGGCGGCACUUGGAAGCAAAUAAGAAUGAGCUGCAAGCACAUGUGGACCAGAUCACCGAGAUGGCAGCAGUGAUGAGAAAGGCCAUUGAAAUCGACGAGCAGCAGGGUUGCAAGGAACAGGAGCGAAUAUUUCAACUUGAACAAGAAAACAAAGGCUUGCGAGAGAUCCUUCAGAUAACUCGAGAGUCCUUUCUAAACCUGCGAAAGGAUGAUGCAUCAGAGAGUACAUCUUUAUCUGCAUUAGUGACUAACAGUGACCUGAGUCUGAGGAAGAGCUGAGUGGCUUUCUGCAUGGUCACUAGGAUGGGCCCAGAAGUGAGUGGAUGAAUGAACACAACCCCAACUUCAAUCAGCCUUUUUUCCUCUAUAGUAUGUCCAAGUACACUGGCAAAGAGACAGAACAGAAGAAUGUAUAAUCAGUGGUCAUAAACUAGAUUGCAAAAUAUAAAAGAAAGUAAGAAGCUGAGCCACGGAGUGAACAGUGAGUCUUCACAGUACUGCUGAGCACUGCAGUUUCAGAAGUGCUGUUGGCUUCCUGGAUGAUACAUGGGCCACCCUGAAUACUCCCAAUAAAUGUUUGGAAAUCCUAAAUUAUCCCAGCUUUACAUUGUAAGUUUCGCUGUGGUUUUCUGAAUGGGAGGCUUUGUUCUAAGUCUAUCCUUCCUGUUGAGUCAGAACAGCUUAUGGACCACCAGGCUUCUGCCUUUGUGUUUAUCUGUCAGCCUUCUCAUUGUUCAAUCUCUGUCAAAGGCUCUGGAAUGUGUUGCUCACCCCACACACUGAAGGCAUACACUUACACUAUACCUAGUUCCCAUAACUUUUAGCUAGCAGUUAUCCAAGACUUGCUUGAGUGUAUGCAGCACCAUCUCAGGAAGGAAAGAGAAGGAGAAUUACUUUCUAAGAAAGACAGCCGUAUAUAGACACAUUUAGUAGGUUAAACUACUCUGAAAGGAUGUUAUGUAUGGUUCUUGGUUAACGAUGAAACUGGUUUUCCUCCUCUACUUACACUUAAGGAUAUGGGACAGCUAACAUACUUAAUGUAACAAGAUAGGUGUGGUCAUCUCCAAGUACAUUUGGAAUUCCUUUGUUUUUAUUUAACGAAUUACUCUUCAAAUACUUAAUAAGUAGAUGCAAGUUCCAAAAACAAAGUUCUGGGUCUGAGUCUAAGCUGCAUUUUGUUUUUAGAACCUGUGAGGUUUUCCCUACAACCUGUGACUCAGAAAAUGGGAACAAAGUGCAGACCCAUGGACAUUUUCCUUUGCACUUAAAAGAUAUAUCUACAACAUGUAAAGCUUUUGAAGACUACAAGAUACAGAAGUGAGCCCGGUGGUGGUGGCACACGACUUUAAUCCCAGCACUUGGGAGGCUGAG